UUUUGCUUACACAUUUUGUACAGAAAGAACGUGCUCUGUAGAUUUAUAUUCAUAUUUAUUUCAAAACAAUUGUAUAAAGAACACAAUGCCUUCAAAAGUGAAACCAAGACUUUCCCGUGGCUUGUUGGACAUGAAGUUCAUGCAACGCACAAAAGCGAAAGUAGCCAAAGAAGAAGAUGACGAACAGAGCCGCGCAAUGUACUCGAAUGAGAUGAAUCAAAAGAUGCUCAAUAGUAAUUCCAAUUUUAUUAUCGAGCCAAGCUAUACCAUCUGUGCAGGACUAAUCGAUGGGCGUCUUAGCUUCCGUGGUAUGAAUCCGGAACUGGAGCGCCUAAUGGAACUGGAGCAAGCCGAAAAACAAGGCAAUACGAAGCCAGAACAGCCGAAAGAAGUCAAUGAUCAGGAAAUGGCUGAGAUAUAUUAUGCGAAUCAAGCGCCAGCCGCAAGCAGAACGAUGAACAAAAAGUUCGUCACUAAAAACGAGUACAAGCGCAAAUCCAAUGACAAUCCCAAAUGGCAAAAGAAAGGACAAUUCAAGAAACCUCGAGAAGAUGAUGAAGUUUAAAUAAACACUAUAAGCAUAUUA